AUGCCGCGACUUACAGAAGAGGGAGGACGGCCUAGUCUGGCUGAGUUAGGCAUCAAUAGCGAUGAUCAGUCUGCUCCUUUGUCGCCGACGGCUUCGCUUCCUGAGGAGAAUACAAAUGGGAGGGGUGGGCUUGGUCGCCUGCGAAGGGCGAGCCGGUUCUUAUGGCCCGGGCAUCGUCGGCAAUCUGGCGAGGAUCAAAUGGGUGUGCCUAUGGGGCAGCAAUAUGACGAUCGUCGCGAUGAUGAGUACGACCAGGAACUUGUGGACUGGCUCGAUGUCAUCGACCCCGAAGUCCAAACCCUUUCAACACUUACAAACGUCCAAAACUCCCUCUUCGUUCCCGAUCUCGGAAAAUGGGUCAACCGUCGACCGACCUACGCUCUAUCCCGACACGAUCCCCAAGCAGACUGGGCCCGAGGCGCCGUUGAACAAGAACGACGUCGCGAAGCUGCACUGGAAGCACAAGAGACUGCUACGAUACCGCCGAUUGCAGAAGCAGAAGCAGAAGAGGAAGACCAACCUCGUCUUCCGCAGCGAAGCAACACUAUCACCUCCCGCUUGACAGACUCGCACUACGCGGCGCUCCCACAUGGAACGAACCUUGAUGGCUGGACGCCAGAAGAAAAGGCCGAGUUGGAUGAUCACGUUCGCCACAUGCUGCACUCUCGCCGUGCGCGCUUCAAGCGUCGCAUGAAGGGUUUCGGCCAAUACGUCAGACGUCCCCUCGGUUUCCUCGUCACUCUCUACGCCACACUCAUCACCCUCUUCGGUCUCGCUUGGGUUCUCUUCCUCAUCGGCUGGAUCUACGUAGGCGAGAAGCAAGUCUACGCAAUCCACGUCAUCGACAGCGUUCUCGUCGCGCUCUUCGCCGUCAUGGGUGACGGCCUCGCGCCCUUCCGAGCAGUCGAUACAUACCACAUGUUCUUCAUCUGGCGCUUCUCGCGAUUGAUCAAGAGAGCUGAGCAGGGAAAGAAACCAAGGAAUAGACUACAGAAGAAGCGUAUUCCGCCGGGCGUGUCUACGAAUCCGGAACAUUCGCAUUUGACGGGCCAUCAGGCUCGUGCUCUCCUCGAAGCUCAGGACUAUAACCCUGAGAGAGACGGAACGGUCGGCACGAUUGAUAACCAACCUCAACCGCACCCUGAAAGCCCUGAGACUGUUGAUUUAGAAGGCGCCAAGUCCAACAGCCCCGAUUCAGACAUGCCCGCUCUGACGUUUGCUCAGUUCAAGAGCCUGCAGCACCAUCAGAAGAAAAUGGCCAAGUCACAUAGUUUCUACAAACCCAACGAGACAUUCACCCACUUCGCCUUCCCCCAAAGAUACCUCAUCGCCAUUGUCAUCCUCCUCGACUGCCACUCCUGCCUGCAAAUAUCCCUCGGCGCAUGUACCUGGGGCAUCGACUACCACACGCGUCCCUUCGCGCUGACCACCGUGAUCCUCUGUGUGAGCAUAACCUGCAACAUCACAGCCGGUCUGCUCAUCAGCAUCGGCGAUCGCAAGACGCGAAAGAAGGACGUGUGGGAGCUGUUGGACAGACAGGAGCUGACGCAGGAUGCUAUAAAGCAUAUGAAGAAGAAGAAGGAGGAGGAGGAGAAGGAGAAAGAGAAGGAGAGGGGGUCGGAUAAGGAUGGGGAGUCGAGUAGGGGUGAUGGAUCGAGUAGUAGGACGUCGAAGGAGUUUAAAAAGUUGGUGAAGCAGAAUAGUUAG